GUGUCGGCUAGCUCAUCGACUUCCUACCACCGACACUGACACGCAUUCACCGGUCGGCUCGGCUUAUUAUUUUGGUCCCCACCCCACCCUGUUCACGCCUGUAGCUGCUGGUUUAUGAUCUGCCGUUUGUUCGGUAACGUGUCUCAGAGGGUGCCGAGCUUGUUGUACCGGGUGUCGUUGAUGAUGAAGCCCCAGGUUGUGUUCGUGCUGGGCGGGCCUGGCGCCGGAAAAGGGACCCAGUGCUCCAAAAUCGUGGAGAGCUUCAACUACACCCAUUUGUCAGCUGGGGACUUGCUGAGGGCAGAGCGAGCUCGAGUGGAGUCAGAGUUCGGGCAGCUCAUUUCCAACUACAUCAAGGAGGGCAAAAUUGUCCCUGUGGAAAUCACCAUCAACUUACUGAGGAAGGCAAUGGAGGAGACCAUGCAGAAAGAUGAGAAAAAGUUCCGUUUCCUCAUAGACGGUUUCCCCCGCAACGAGGACAACCUCCAGGGCUGGAACACUGUCAUGGAUGGCAAAGCAGAUGUCAAAUUUGUGCUUUUCUUUGACUGUGGCAAUGAGGUUUGCAUCGACAGAUGUCUAGAGAGAGGGAAGAGCAGCGGACGCACUGAUGACAACAGGGAAAGCUUGGAGAAAAGAAUCCAAACCUACCUGCAGUCUACACGACCAAUCAUUGACCUGUAUGAGAAACUAGGCAAGGUGCGCACUGUAGACGCCUCUCGCUCUGUGGAUAAGGUGUUUGCUGAUGUGAAAGCCGUCCUGGACAAAGAGGGUUGACUUCUCCCAGCUGCCAACAACACUCAUUUACCUUUUUAGUUUUCUUUUUAUCAACUGCAAGUAUACUAUAAUUAGUUUAUACGCCCAUUCAUAUGACUUUUUACUUUUGGAUACAGUUUUUUGUUUUGUUUGCCAACUCUUUUGUAAAAUGCUGCACUAUGUGUAUGUGUGUGUGUGUGUACACAAUAUGUAUUUGUAUGAAUGAGAAGAGUUGCCUAGCAGCUACUAGGGAUCAGAAGAGCUCACCGCUCGUCUUUCAUCAUAGUCUGAGGCCUUCGCAUAGGAACAAAAUGUAUCGCUAGCUUAGAUGGACACUUUUCUGUCAAUCAAAGACACUUCUAGUGGAAGUCUGGUAUUCAUCACAUAUGUCUUCUGAUAUUAUUGGAAGCAGCCACAAUGCUUCAGACCAAAUCGUUUGACCUGUUGACGACAGACUGGGAUUGACAAGAACGAGAACAUCCAAUAGCCUCUAAAUAAAAUUCAUAAAACAUGUCUCAUGUUUGAUGGACAGCACUACAGGAGCAGUUGCUUUUGUGUAGUUAUCCGGUAUAAGUUUCUGUGGUAGAUGGCCCAUUGUACAAUGAAUAUUGACUCUGUAGCAGAACUCCUUGAUGUGCUUCAUCACAGCUAUGACACUUGGGGCUAAUCAUUGAAGGAAAUAAUGAAGAUAACAAUGUUGUUACAUCUAUACUGUAUCUGCUUGAAAGAAGGGUGAUUAAACUUAAAAAGUAAAAUCUUUUUACACUUU